AUAAAAGCAUUGCCCAUCGGUCAGUUGGAUAUCACAGCUCGAUCUGCCUUCAAGCUAAACACACCCAAGAUCCUAAUCCUCAAUCCAAGCAAGAUGUUCGCCAAGAUUGUGCUCGUUGCUCUGUGCGUGGCUUCUGCCCAGGCUGGUCUCCUGCCCUUCCAUGCUCCAGCUCAUCUGGCUGCUCCUCUGGCUGCCCCUCUGGCCGCUCCUCUGGCUGCUCCUCUGGCUGCUCCUCUGGCUGCUCCUGUUGCCACUGCUCCUGUUGCCACUGCUCCUGUGGUUGCCCCCUACGCCUCCAGCUUCAACGCCCAUCGCAUCAACCACGCUGUGGCCUACCCAGUGGCUCCCGCUCAGGCUCCAGUUGCCUUCGCCGCCCCCGUUCCCGCCCCCCUGCCUGUGCCUGUAGCUGCUCCCGCUCCAGUAGCCUUCGCCGCCCCAGCACCCGCUCCAGUGGCUUUCGCCGCCCCAGCUCCUCUGCCAGUGGCUGCCCCUGCUCCAGUUGCCUUCGCCGCUCCCGCCAAGAUCCCAUUCGGUCUGCCCGCCAUUGCUGCUCCGGCUCUGGCUCCGGCUGCUCCUGCUCUUGCUGUGGCCCCUCCUAAGGUAGCCUUCGCCGCCCCUGCCCCGGUGGCUGCUCCUCUGGCCGCCCCUCUGGGAUUCGCCCCCGCCCCGGCGCCAGUUGCCUUCGCUGCCCCCGCCAAGUUCGGAUUCGCGCCUUUCGCCGCUCCUCUGGCUGCUCCCGCGCCUCUGGCUGUGGCCCCCAAGUUCGCCGCCCCUGCCCCCUACUUCUUCUAAGGAGUUAGCCCAAGGAUCACUCAGCAUCAACACCCUUUCAUCCGUCCUAUUAGCUUGUAGGCCUUAGUCCCAAUUUUCAUCCCUAGAGAGCACAAUGUUUGGUGAAUAAACAAUGAAUUUUUAA